CUCAUUAAUGCUUCUCUGAGCUCACCACCUCACCACCGCAGAGAAACAGAGAGAGAAGGGGAUUUUGUGCUGUUCCAACUUCCAAGAAGCUGAGAGGGGGAGAGAGAGAGGCUUGAGCUUCGAUCUAUGUGUUCGGAGCUGCAAUUUUGAAAGGGAGUACAAGAGGGGGAGGCGGCGAGUCCAAGAUUUUAGUUGGAGUGAGGGGAGAAAGCCACGAGGCGACGACGCCCAUGCGCGCGAGCUCGGCCGCUGUGUGAGGAGGGGUGGUGGAAGAAACCCAGGAUGACGGGGGUGGUGGUGGUCUCGACGGGGUGCAAGGGCGGAAGCGUGGGGAAGAAGAGGGGCGGCGGCGGCGGGGAGGAGGCGGAGGAGCGGGAGAGGCAGCAGCUGUCGGUGCUGGCGCUGCUGCUCGCGGCCGUGCGGAGGUCGGUCGUGGCGUGCCGGGUGGAGCGGGGGCCGGACCGCGUCGCCGGCGGCGGUGGCGGCUGCCGCUGGGGAGAGGACGACGAGGACGCGGCCGCCCCCGAGCUGGCGGAGAUGGAGAUCGGCUGGCCGACCGACGUCCGCCACGUCGCGCACGUCACCUUCGACCGCUUCCACGGCUUCCUCGGCCUCCCCGUCGAGUUUGAGGUGGAGAUGCCUCCCCGCGUCCCCAGCGCCAGUGCGAGUGUGUUCGGUGUCUCGGCCGAAUCAAUGCAAUGCACCUACGAUGGCAAGGGAAACUCGGUCCCCACGAUACUGCUGCUUAUGCAGGAGAGGUUGUAUGGUCAGGGCGGGCUAAAGGCUGAAGGGAUCUUUCGCAUAAACCCGGAGAAUGACCAAGAAGAGCAUGUGAGGGAUCAACUGAACAAAGGAGUUGUUCCUGAGGACAUUGAUGUUCACUGCUUGGCAAGCCUCAUUAAGGCAUGGUUCAGGGAACUUCCUGAAGGUGUGCUGGAUAGCCUCUCCCCGGAGCAGGUUCUGCAAUGCAAUUCUGAAGAGGAAUUCCUAGAGCUUGUGACGCUACUGCGCCCCACUCCAGCUGCACUCCUCAAUUGGGCUGUUGAGCUAAUGGCUGAUGUUGUGGAGGAGGAGGAGCUAAACAAGAUGAAUGCUAGAAACAUAGCCAUGGUGUUUGCCCCCAACAUGACUCAGAUGUCAGAUCCUUUGACAGCCCUGAUGCAUGCUGUGCAAGUCAUGAACUUUCUCAAAACAUUGAUCUUGAGGACGCUUCGAGAGCGUGAUGAUGUAGCUCCUGGAGAUUACACUCCAUACUCAUCUCCAGCAUCUUCCGGUCGGCAUUCUGAUGCCGAAUACUAUGGCAGUGAGCGGGAGAUGAUGGACAGAAGCUGUGAGCUGAGCGAUAUGCACAGCCAGAUCAGCAAGUCCGGGGGGCAGGUGGAUUAUUUGGUGAGGUACAACACCUGUUUCGACAGUGAACAGGAAGGCGACCAUCCCCUCACUGAAGCCGAGGAGGUGUUCUUGGAUCGGCUGGAAAGCCAACUCGAAGAUGACAGACCAGAGGGAAGCACAAGCAAACAGCACGAAGUAAGCUCCGAGAUUGUGGAAAUGGAGGACGAUCAACCUGAGCUGAAAUCUGAAACCAAGGCAUUGGAGGACAUAGAAGAAGAAGAAGAAGAAGAAGAAUGUGCAGAGUUAUUGAAAUGAUAGUCUUGUGUUCUUGGGCAGGUAGAUCUUGUGGUUUUUACUCUCUGGUGGAUUGAGUUUGUCAACAUCUGGUUGAAAUGUAUUGCUUGUAGUGUCUGAACUUAACUCUGCUGGUGCUUGGAUAUGUCCAUGUGGGUCAUUCAUAUCUGUCCUGCCGUAGGACACCACCAGGAUUCACUGCUGUAUGGUCAACAGUGUUGUAUGGAAAUGACUGCAUUAGUGUGCACUCGAUGUUACUCUAUCUGUACAAAAAAUCUUCUUUUAUUUUUUCAUAUGUGACUUAAUUUCUAAUUCUU